AUGAUCUUCCUCAACCAGAGCCCGACCCACGCUCCUCUGCGUGAGUCCCUGGGAGAUCUUCCGGAGAAGCUGCAACGCUACGACAUGGAUGAAAUGGAGAUAUUUGAUCGCCAGCUCUACGACAUCAAAGGUGACUGGAAGCUGAUCGCGGAGAAUUUCAUUGACUUCUAUCAUGUUGACGCCGUGCAUCCAGCCUUGGCCAGGUUCUCCCGUGUGGAUGACCAUGUGCCAUACCAAGGCCAUGGUCAAUAUGUUGGCUUCGUGACGUCACCGCUCACGGACUGUGGUGGACCUGGGGACAGCGACAGAUUCAACAGUUUUGGAAGGCUUCGACCAACAGAGUUGAAAGCCGGCCUUUUCUUCCAUAUCUUCCCGAAUGUGUCCGUGAGCAUUUUCCCACACUCAGUGUGGACUCUCAUGACCUUCCCCACCUCAACGCCAGGCAAGAGCCAGGAGGCGCUGACCCUCCUUAUGGCUCCGAAUGCUCGUAAGGAGGGCAUAUCACAAGAUGAGCAUUUGGAACGUUGCAAUGCCUUGAGAGACUUUUGGGUCGAGGUCAACGAUGAGGAUAUUAUCGCCGUUGAGAAUUUGCAGGCUGGCCUGUCAAAUCUCGGUGCGAAAGGAACCCAUGGUGAGUUUCUUCCGAAGUAUGAUUGGACCGUGCAUCGCUUCCAGAAUAUGGUGCUGAGUUCUCUGAGAGGCAGCCGUGUUAACGAGGAGCUCAUGCCAAAAUUGGACAAUGAGUUCGAGCUUCAGGUUCACCGUGGGUGA